AUGGAAAUGAGAGUACUAGUAGUUUGUGUAGGCAUGCUCAUAUGCCAGUUCUUAGUCGCAUUUGCACACAAAGGAACCGCAACUUUCUACACACCUCCCUAUACCCUGUCUGCAUGCAACGGAAAGAAAGAAGAAGGAGUUCUGAUCGCAGCAGCAAGCGAAGCCAUGUGGGAUGACAAGGCUGCAUGUGGAAGAAGGUAUAGGGUGAGAUGCAUCGGCGCCACCAACCACGACGGUAACCCAUGCAGAGGUGGCUCCGUCGUCGUCAAAAUCGUCGACUUUUGUCCCUCCGGUUGCCAAGGAACCAUUGAUCUCUCUCAAGAAGCUUUCGCUAUGAUCGCUGAUCCUGACGCUGGCAAAAUCAAGAUCAAGUUCACUCAGUAA